GAAGGCACCAGGUAAGAGCUUCCUGUUUGCACGCGUCCCUUGACUCCCGGGAAGAUGGUGGCCACCAGGCGAUCAACGAGGCGCAGUGAAUCGGAGGCGGGGAGCAACGAUCCCCCUGAGCAGACUUCAAUGGAAGGCAGUGCAUCUGUGCGAAUAACUAGGAGUAGAAGCAAGGUGAAUUCCCAUGCAAAUGACAUUCCUGAAUCUCCUGGGAAAAUGAAGGCAUCUGAAACAGAGUGGGAUGUGGAAGAGCCUGCAGAGGAACAAUCAACUUUGAAUAAGACUAAAGCUGCAUACUCAAAAGCCUUGGUUGCUGAAGUGCAAGCUGAUGGAGAUGUUUCUGAAGCAGAAUCAAACUGUUCUUCUGUGUCAGGUCUUCAGACACCGUCUUUUAUAAGAAUAACAAGACGACGGCAAAUUGUAGUUCCUUGUCAGCCAGAAUUUCCAGCUAGAAACAGGCAAAGCAAGAAAGCUCCUUCAACUGAAGGAAGCACAUGUCAAGAAGAUGAUGACAUCUCUGAAGCAGAAUCGUGUUCUUCCACUGUUUCAGGAAGGAGGACACCAAAUGUUUCAAGAAGGACUAGAAAUAGGCAGAUCAAGACUAACAUGUCAUUGGUGCUUGAAGCCCAAGCAGAAGAGGUUUCUGAUACAGAAUCAUGGUGCUCAGGCAUUUCUACAGAACCAUCUGCGACAGUAAAGCGGGUGACAAGGAGUAUGCGAUUGAGACUGCCAGGAGAAACACCAUCAAAAAGUGAAAGGAAAAGUGAAGUUAUGGUAGAAAAUGCAAAACUGCCUGAACAUGCAGUUACAUCUGAGACAAUAGUAAUUUCUGACUCUGAACAGCCCACAAAAGAUGAUUUUGAUACAGAACACGCAUUCUCUCUCUCUGACCAGAUAAACAAGAGCCCACAUAAAAGCACGUGCCAUUAUGGAACUGUUGUCAACAGUGAUAUAAAACAGAGCAGCCCUAAAAAAACAGUGACGGAAAACACCCAAAUGUCACCUGAAAAAGAAGUGCCAAAGGGUAUCAAUUAUGAAUCUGUGGGUAAGGCAGGAAGGGACAAUGACAGGAAAGAAUCAGUUUCAAAGCAAAUGUCAUCUAGCACAGACAAAGUGGUGGGGAGCCCAGAUGAAGAAUGUGAUCAAACAAUAGACAAAUCCAUCACAUUAAUUGAAAACCAGUCACCUAUAAAGAGUCAAAGCAUAUCUCCUUGUAAUCACAAAAAUCUUGAUCAAUCUAAUAUUUCUCCAGGACCGGCAACCCCUAGUAAAACCAAAAGCCAUGCAAGAGCCGAACCAUUGGGCAGCAACAAAGAUACACAGAAACAUUUGCUUCAUGUAGAAAUAGACAAGCCAUCCAAUUCAGGUGACCCAAAGAGCAAUAUUAUCCUGUCACUAAGUACUGAAAGCAGUGAUGAUGACUGCAGGGCUUCUGUUGUGAGUAUAGACAGUGAUGCAAGCCCAGAAGAGCCUGUGGCUGAAUCUUCUUCACAUGCAGGCAAAACAUCAGGGGCUGGAAAAUGUUUCACUGUGUCACUUCUUACAAGUGAUGAGAAUGAUGAAUCUGAAGGCAGUGACUUAGAAGAAAUGGAUAAAACACCUGUUAGUGCCAGUAAGCAGGGCACACUGGCCAUGGACAAAUCACAUAAUGAAGAACUGUUUGUCAUAGAUAAAACUGCUGGUUUAGACUUGAACAAAGCAUACUAUUUGGAGGAGAAGGACGUGGUGGAUGAGGAGCAAAGUGAGAAGUCCUCAGACCUUGAAGAUGACAAAGAGGAGUUUAUAGAUGAGGAUGAAGAUGUAUUAAAUGCAAGUAAUAAUAUUUUGUCGUUGUCAAGCAGUAUUGAUCCUGGUCUAAAUAUGAAGAAGCUUGGGGGCUUAUACAUUAGUUUUGAUGCAGAAAGGCAGAAAUCAAGAUCUCAUGGAGUAGUGCCACUAAAAGAGAAAAAGAAAGAUGAGCUUUUGCAGAAGAGUAUUAUAACUCCAGAUUUUGAAAAAAAAGAAUGCAUUCCACCCUUAAGAGAAUCUGUCCAUCAGUUAAAGAAACAACGUAGGGCAGAGAGAGCAAAAACAACAGGUGAUGGCUGGUUUGGCAUGAAAGCUCCAGAAAUGACUGAAGAAUUAAAAAAUGAUCUUAAAGCUUUGAAGAUGCGGGCAGCUAUAGACCCUAAACGAUUUUAUAAAAAGAAUGAUAGAGAAGGUCUUCCCAAAUACUUUCAGGUGGGAACUGUUGUAGAUUCUCCAGUAGACUUCUAUCAUGCUCGAAUUCCCAAGAAAGAGAGGAAGAAGAACAUUGUGGAAGAACUUCUCGCAGAUUCAGAGUUUAGAAGAUAUAAUAAACGGAAGUACCAAGACAUCAUGGCUGAAAAGACAGCCCUUGCAGCAGGCAAGAAAAAUCGGAAGAAGAAGAAAUUUCAUAAAUAGUAUUAAAAAUAUUAAAAAGAGAGCAAAAGAUUA